UACCGAGAGAGCCAGCCAGUCAUUCACGUUAAUAUGUUGGACUCUGUAAAUCCCAAGAUUUUAGGACUCCACCCCACUGCUUAUCGGAGUAUGUAACAAACUCACAUUAUUGCUUCUUUCCUUCAAUUUCUUUCUGCCAAGAAAAAGCAGAAAUUUUUGGGUGCUUAUAUAGAAAGCUGACUUCUUCAGGUAGUCUGAAAAAGCUGAGGUUUUCCAUAAUAUAGGUUUUCCGAUCUAGUUUCAUAACUUUAAAAGGUGACUUUAGUUCCUGGGAUUCUGUACUUUUCUGGCUGACUUCACACUAUAAACACUGUGCUCUUUGGUGAAUGUCUAAUUGGUACUGAAAGUGAGUGAGUAUUACAGCAAUGGAUACCUUCUGUGCUAAUAUGAAGGGCACUGCACAAUCAGUGGCAAUUAGCCGGGGUAUAAGCAACCAAGACAGUUCAUUUUGGGGAAACAAGAUAAGUGGAAGACUGAUAAACAAGGGGUUUGGCAUCCGGUCGUGCAAGAGCAUCAGAACUGAAGAAAGGGGUAGAAAAGUUAAGAGUGGGGUUGCCUUUUCUGUUCUAACUCGGGACAUAAACAAAGAGCUUGUGUCAUUUGAUGAAUCAAUUUUUGGGGAGGAGCAUCCAAAGGCAGACCCAAAAACUGUUGCCUCUGUCAUUCUAGGUGGCGGUGCUGGAACUCGUCUUUUUCCUCUUACCAGCAGAAGAGCUAAACCAGCUGUUCCGAUUGGUGGUUGUUACCGGCUAAUUGAUGUACCAAUGAGUAACUGCAUUAACAGUGGCAUACGAAAAAUUUUCAUCUUAACACAGUUCAAUUCAUUUUCCCUCAAUCGCCACCUUGCUCGCACCUAUAAUUUUGGAAACGGAGUGAAUUUUGGAGAUGGAUUUGUGGAGGUUUUAGCUGCAACCCAGACUCCAGGGGAUGCAGGGAAAAUGUGGUUCCAAGGCACUGCUGAUGCUGUGCGGCAAUUUAUAUGGGUAUUUGAGAAUGAGAAGAACAAGAAUGUCGAGCACAUAUUGAUUUUGUCCGGUGAUCAUCUUUAUCGUAUGGACUAUAUGGACUUUGUUCAGAAGCAUAUUGACACGAAUGCUGAUAUUACAGUUUCAUGUGUUCCAGUGGAUGAUAGUCGAGCUUCAGAUUUUGGAUUGAUGAAAAUUGAUGAAACAGGGCGUAUCAUCCAAUUUGCUGAGAAACCAAAAGGCCCUGCUUUGAAGGCAAUGCAAGUUGACACAUCUAUCCUUGGACUAUCUGAGCAAGAGGCAGCCAAUAGUCCUUACAUUGCAUCCAUGGGUGUUUAUGUAUUCAGAACUGAAGUUUUACUAAAACUUCUAAAAUCGGCAUACCCUUCAUGCAAUGACUUCGGCUCUGAGAUCAUCCCUUCUGCUGUAAAAGAUCACAAUGUCCAGGCAUAUUUGUUUAGUGAUUAUUGGGAGGACAUUGGAACAGUUAAGUCCUUCUUUGAUGCCAACUUGGCCCUCACAGAGCAGCCUCCAAAGUUUGACUUCAAUGACCCAAAGACCCCGUUCUACACUUCUCCUAGGUUCUUACCUCCAACAAAAGUUGACAAAUCCAGGAUAGUGGAUGCAAUAAUUUCACAUGGUUGCUUUAUGAGGGAAUGUUCCAUCCAGCACUCUAUAGUUGGUGUACGAUCACGCUUAGACUAUGGUGUUGAGCUUAAGGAUACCAUGAUGAUGGGUGCGGACUAUUAUCAAACUGAUUGUGAGAUCGCUUCAUUACUAGCAGAAGGAAAGGUUCCCAUAGGGGUUGGACCUAACACCAAGAUACAAAAUUGCAUAAUUGACAAGAAUGCAAAGAUAGGAAAAGAUGUGGUUAUUGGGAACAAGGAAGGUGUUGAAGAAGCUGAAAGGCCGGAGGAAGGAUUUUACAUUAGGUCUGGGAUUACUGUCAUAAUGAAGAAUGCGACCAUUAAAGAUGGCACGGUCAUAUAA